CUGACGAACGGCCAGAACGGAGGCGUGUCCUGCGCGGCCUGCACCAUCCUCACUGGUCUGGUGGAACAACUCGCGGAGAUCUACAACAUUUCCAUCGACGAUGCCCUCUCCAAGUACUGCGGCUUUCUCCCGUCGGGGUUUCAGGGAGCCUGCACGGCGCUCGUGGACGUGUACGGUCCCAUCGUGAUCAACCUGCUGGAGAAAAAGGAGACCCCGGACGUGGUUUGUCUGACCCUCGGCAUCUGCACCAACGAGACGGGUCACGUGUGCCGCCUCUUCCCGCUACCAUCCCGCCACCGCGGAGCCAUCUCCGAGGCCGAGGAGCUGCGACAGAGAGUGGCGGCAGCGAAACAAAGGGUACAUCAUCUGCGGAGAGACUACGCGGCUCUUCUCCCAGAUAUCUGCAAAAUUCCCGUGAUCAAGCCGAUAUGCGAUCUCCUCGACAGGUUCGGCAACGAUCACUUGCCUGUGGACGACGUAGACGGAGACUAUUUCUCGGACUUGCAGACGUUCCGCGGGACGUCGUGGAGAGGCAAGGACUGCAAUGACUUUGACGCCGACGUACACCCUGGACGUAGGACGGUGGACGACGCUGUUUUCGAUACGAACUGUAACGGAAUCUUCGGCGUGGACGGCGACACUGGAGAGACGUACGAAAAGAAGUGGUGCGAGGGAACGGGACAAAUGGGGACAGUUCUAUUGGGCGAUAGUGCAGGGGCACAUUUCCAUAUCCCCCCGGCCUGGUUUACUAGCAGUGAGCUCAGCGAAGAGGCUUUCAAAGAUCUCUUUUUCAUCUUGGAAAACGAGUUUGACUGGCCGAUGCUGUCCAGCUCCACAGGCUACAAGAACUCGACAUGGCCUGAUAUUAGUGGUCCAGUUGAUUCCACCUACCUUCGUCUGCGAGAGUUCAACCGUUGCAACCACAGAGACUACCAGAACAUUGGAGUCAAUGGAGCUCGAGCCAGUGCUAUGGCAGACACAAUCGUCAAGAGCUUGGCUCGCGACGGACUCAAAGACAACCCAGUGUUCCUCAUGUUAGCUCUCAUUGGCAACGACGUCUGCAACGGGCACCACGACUCCUCCCACAUGACCACACCCACAGAGUUCUACCAAAAAAACCUGGAGACGUUUCGCUACGUGGACUCCAAGGUUGCCCCUGGCUCCGUUCUACUUGCCACGGGGCUCGUGGACGGCAGGAUUCUUUACGACACCCUCCACAACCGAACCCACCCCCUGGGUUCCCUCCAUAAUGAUGUCACCUACUCUACAGUAUAUGACUACCUGAACUGUCUCGAUGUAUCUCCCUGCUUUGGUUGGCUCAACAGCAACAAGACAUGGAGGGACUACACCACUGAGCGAGCUCUUCAACUCAACAAGGCCCUCAAAGAAUUAGUCGCCAACGAAACUUUCAAGAAUUUCAAGGCUUACUAUUUCGAUCCUACAGUCCCACAGGUGUUUGAGUAUUGGGAGGAGCAUGGUGGGGAGGCGUGGCAACUGAUUGAGCCCGUGGACGGGUUCCACCCCAACCAGAUUUCUAAUGAACUCAACACAAAGAUCUCCUGGGAGCUCUAUCGUAACUAUACCCCUGAGGUGAUCCCUCCAAUUAACCCUUAUAAUGAACUCAUCGCACAGAAAUUUGGGGACCAAGGAGGCUACUGA